AUGGAGUCUUCUCUCAAGAAAUUGUUUUCUCUUUUUUUCCAAGCUUUCUUCUGCUUUGCUACCACGUUCCAUUUGCUUGCUUUCGCUGCAAUUGCGAAUGUGCCUGUUAAUAAUGAAGCAGAGGCUCUUCUAAAAUGGAAAGCCACUCUGGAUAUGCAUAGCCAGGAUGUCCUGUUGUCCUGGAGAGGAGGUACACCUUGCACCAAUUGGUCUGGAAUCUAUUGCAAUAAUGGUGGAAACGUUAUUAACAUAACCAUUACAGAUUCUAGUUUGAAAGGUACGCUUCAUAACCUGAAUUUAUCAUCCUUUCCCAAUCUUAUCGAGCUUAAUCUCCGUAACAACUCACUUUAUGGUUCCAUUCCUUCAAAUGUCGGUAACCUUUCCAAGCUCAAUAUUCUUGAAUUGUCUUACAAUACUUUCUCCGGAAACCUUCCAUCUGAAAUAGGUUUGCUUAGAAGUCUUGUUGGCUUUUCAAUAGCUGAGAACCGUAUGCAUGGCAACAUCCCUCAAGAGAUUGGCAAGCUUAUUUCACUUGUUAGGCUCUUAUUGUUUGGAAAUCAUCUGACAGGCUCAAUCCCUGCUUCCAUGGGAAAUUUAUUCAACUUAAUCGAUCUUUACCUAGGUGACAAUCUACUUUCAGGUUCCAUACCACUAGAAGUUGGAAGGAUGACAUCUCUUGCUGAUUUUGAUGUUUCAAACAAUACCCUUACUGGUCCGAUCCCUAAAUCCAUUGGAAACUUAAGCAACUCUCUGGUUUAUUUUUACCUCUAUGGAAAUCAACUGUCUGGUUCCAUUCCCAUGGAAAUAGGCAACCUGCGUAGGCUUACUACACUUCAGCUUUUAGACAACAAUCUUGUUGGUGCAAUCCCUUCUUCCAUUGGAAACCUUACCAACUUAAAUAGUCUCUUAUUGCAAAAUAACCAGCUUUCUGGUCCCAUACUUCAUCAAGUUGGAAUGUUGACAUCACUCACUACACUUGAUUUAUCUUCCAAUAAUCUCAAUGGUGCAAUCCCUCCUUCCAUAGGAAACCUUACCAAGUUAAAUAAUCUCUUCUUGCGAAAUAACCAGCUUUCUGGUCCCAUACCUCAUCAAGUUGGAAUGUUGACAUCACUCACUACACUUGAUUUAUCUUUCAAUAAUCUCACUGGCCAAUUACCCCAAAAUGCAUUCAUUGGUGGUGAACUAGUACAAUUUGCUGCGGUUGACAAUUUUUUGACGGGUCCAAUUCCAAGAAGUUUGAAAAACUGUAGCAAAUUGUCAAGGUUGAGGCUUGAUAGAAACCAACUCACUGGAAGUUUAUCUAUCGGCGCACUCCCGCACUUGAAUUAUAUAGAUUUGAGUGAUAAUAAAUUCUCUGGUGAACUUUCAUGGCAAUGGAAAGAUCUUAAGAAUUUGUCAGCAUUUAAAGUCUCAAAUAACAAAAUCUCUGGCCAAAUUCCAUCUGAUAUUUGGACUGCACCUCAGCUGCAGUUACUUGACCUCUCUUCGAAUCAGCUUGUCGGGUCGAUUCCCAUAGAAUUAGGGAAGUUAAAGUUGUUGGAACUCAUUCUCAACAAUAACCAGAUUUCAGGAAACCUUCCUCCAGAAAUAGGAAUGUUGUCUGAUCUUGAAAUUCUCAACAUGGCAGCCAACAAUUUAAGUGGAUCGAUUCCCAAGCAAAUUGGAGAAUGCUCAAAACUAUGGUUUUUGAACCUCAGCAACAACAAAUUUACAGGACCGAUUCCUUCAGAAAUUGGAACCUUGCACACUCUACAAGACCUUGAUCUGAGUCAAAAUUUGUUGAUGAAAGAGAUACCGCAACGAAUUGGAGACUUACAAAGACUCGAGAUGUUGAACCUCUCUCAGAAUUUGCUAUCAGGUUUGAUUCCAGCUACUUUUGAUAACUUGUUGAGCUUGACCCUGGUGAAUCUAUCUUUCAAUGAACUAGAGGGUCAAAUUCCAAAGAUUAAAGCUUUUCAAGAUGCUUCUUUCGAAGAACUCAGAAAUAACAGAGGCCUUUGCGGUAAUAACACAUACUUAAAGGCCUGUGUUUUUCCUCCAACAGAAGAAUUCAAAGUCAAAAGUGACAGCAAGGUAGUCCUUCUUGUUAUUCUGCCUCUUUUGGGCGUUCUCCUUCUAUUGUUUGUCUCCGUCGGUAGUUUUUUUGUUCUCCGCAAAAGAUCUAAAAUCAGAAAAGCUCAACAAAGAGAGCCACGUUGUGAAGUAAUGUGGACUCCUUAUGAUAGAGAUAUGGAAUAUGAAAACAUUGUACAGGCAACAGAGGAUUUCCACUCCAAGUACUGCAUUGGCGUAGGGGGAUAUGGGACUGUCUACAAAGCAGUGUUUCCGACAGGUCGAGUAGUCGUCGUGAAGAAACUUCACCAAUCACAUAAUGGGGAGCAAAUGGCAGAUCUGAAAGCAUUUACCAGUGAAAUUCGUGUGUUAACAGAGAUUCGUCAUCGGAACAUUGUCAAGUUACAUGGCUUUUGUUCCCACGCAAAAUGCUCCUUUCUGAUUUAUGAGUUCAUCGAAAGAGGAAGUCUGAAAAAGGUACUGAGCGACAGGGAGGAAGCAAUGGAGUUUGGUUGGAAUAAGAGGCUAAAUGCAGCGAAAGGAAUUGCUGAUGCAGUGUCGUAUAUGCAUAACGACUGCUCGCCUCCAAUCGUUCAUCGAGACGUUUCCAGCAAUAAUAUUCUGCUGGACUUGGAAUUUGAAGCUCGUGUCUCUGAUUUUGGAACUGCUAGGCUGUUGAUGCCGGACUCGUCGAAUUGGACUUCAUUUGCUGGCACAUUCGGAUAUGCAGCUCCAGAGCUAGCGUACACGAUGAUUGUAAAUGAAAAAUGCGACGUUUACAGCUUUGGAGUGGUGAUACUAGAAAUAUUAAUGGGAAUGCAUCCGGGUGACCUCCUCUCAUCUCUUUCAUCGUCGACAUUGUGUCCAUCAAUCGAGCAUCAAAUUCUAGUGAAGGAUUUGAUUGAUCAACGCCUGCCGAUUCCUAAAAAAGAAAAUGCUCAAGGAGUGAUCCAUGUUGCAAUACUUGCAUUUGCAUGCCUGAAUCCCAAUCCUCAAUGUCGGCCUACCAUGAGUCGAGUUUCGUCUCAAUUAGUCCGUAAAUGGCAUCCGCUGACAAAGCCGUUUUUAUCAGUGACAUUGGGAGAAAUUCUGAUCCAUGAAUCUCCCAAUUGCUAAGCCUUCCCAAAAUUUUGUUGUAUUAUUAUGUUUGUAACUUCAUUUCUUUACUUGCUUUAUUUGCCUUGUAAAAUGCUAUUAUUGCAGCUCAUGAACACAGCUGAAAUUUAAGAAAUCAGUAUCUAUACUUUUGUUUGAUAUA